AUGAUGGAAGUCGGCUCACCUACUCGACGGGGAUCCGGCGGUAGCCGUCGGACGAUGAACGGACUCGAUGUAAACUCCCAGUACAGGCAUCCCGCCUUUCCAAUACCAACAGUUGAAGAAGAGGGCCCCAAGACGGCCAACUUGACACCUAUCUAUGUCGCCGUGGGUCUUGCCGGUCUCGGUGCUGGUGUCUACCGCCACAGCAACACCGCUGUCGCCGAGCCCAAGGAGCACCUGAAGGUCUUCAACGGCGAGGACUGGGUUGACCUCAUGCUGGCCAACAUUGAGAUCCUGAGCAAAAACACCAAGCGUUUCCGCGUCGAGUUCGAAGACAAGGAGGCUGUCUCUGGUCUUCCCGUUGCCUGUGAGUAG